CGGGGGUCGAGGCGGCCUGGAGGUGCCGCCGCGCGGGCAGGACGGUCUCGGGGCGGGGCUGGGCGGGGGCCGGGAACCGGACAAAGGACUCGAGGGAGCCUCCGUAGCCAGACUUGGGACCCCGUCCCGAGCCCCCCGGGCCCCACGGCGCCCGCUGCGCCGGACCGUCCGGGAUCCGCGGCCUCUUCCCCGGGGUUUCCGCGUUCAUCGCCCCACAGCCUGGGCUUGGCCGAAACGUAGGUUUCGCCGUCGGUCACAGCCGAGCGUCGCCGCCUGAGGACGGAGUAGGUGUUUUAGCUCCGACGUGAUGGAGACCAGGGAGUUCGGGCCUCAGACCUGGCCGUGAGCCUCCUGACCGCAGAGCGCCAGGCUGCAAGGAGCUGGAUGUCUGCAGCUCGCGUCCUGCGGGGCCAGGCCAGGUCCCCCGCCCGGCAGCCCUGCGCCCCUCUCCGCUGCGGACCCUGUGCUCUGGGCCAUGGCGCUCCAGCGCGCCGUCCUCCUGGCCGGCCUCCUGGUGGAAGUUGCCAGCAAGUCCUCAGACAGCGCGGGCCAGCAGUCCCAGUGCUGUGUGGACGUGGUGGACGCCAACACCACCUGCCCCGGCGCAGGCCUGUGCGGCCCAGUGGCUGGCCAGGGCGAGCAGGCCCCCGCCAACAGGAGCACAGGGACCCCUGGGCGACCCAGUCCUGCUCGGGCCUCAUCCUCGCUGUGGCCGGCUUCUUCUACCUCAAGCGCAGCAGUAAGCUGCCCCGGCUCUGCUACGGGAGGAACAGAGCCCCCGCCCUGCAGCCCAGCGAGGCCGCCGCGAUGAUCCCCCCACCGCAGUCCUCAGUGCGGAAGCCGCGCUACGUCCGGCGGGAGCGGCCCUCGGCCCGGGACGCGGGCCCCGCUGCCGUCUCCUUGGUGGAGGCCCGGGUCAGCAACGUCUGACGGGCGCACCUCACUGCACCGCCGCCCACCACCGAGGCCGCCCAGGGCAGCUGUGCCCCCCAGGCCUCCGAGGCCUGGACUCGCCCGGCUCCGCGCUCAGCCCCAGCGGCAGGCGCGGCGUGGCCCCCGCCAGCCUCCUGCGUGCCCAGUCCUGCCCACGGCCGCUCAGCGUCACCGACCACAGCAGGCGUCCCCGAGACUGGCUGGGAGCCGGGCUGGGGGGCUCGGGGCCUCGGGAGAGACGGAGGGACCGCAGGCUGCCCCCUGCUGCAGCGCCGGCCAGACGCUCUGCCCACGGAGCCGUGUCAGCACCUCCGAAGGCAGUGAGGCCAGGCCACUGGGUGUUCCGGCCGGUGUCGGAUGGGACCGGUCCCGAGGCCCAGGCACCUACAGGGCUGUCCUGGGCCGACCCCCAGCCCAUGACCCCUGGUUCCAGGAGUUGCAGGUGUUUGCUGGUUUCCAGCCAACUUCGGACUCUUUUUAAGCAAAAACUCAUUUGUAGGAAAGUCUGUUCCCCACCCAGAGCCCAGCCUUUGGGCUCCAUCCCCCCAGGACACACGUGCCCACAGCACUGGACUCAGGGCCCAGCCCCAGGGAAGUGUCCUCCAAGCCCCCUUCGCCCGGACGCUGCCUGGGCAUCUGGUCCCGUGACCGGCGGAGGGAGGCGGCUGCUACGGAGAAAGGAGUGUUGUGGCCACUUCCCGCGCUGGACUCGGCACUGGCCGCAGCCCCGUUUCUUCUUCAGUCUGCGGCCGGAAGAGGGCCCGUGUGGUCGGGCUCCGAGCCCUCGGCGUGGGGAAGCCGUCCAGUGUCCAGAUUCGAGCGUGUCUUCCCGCCCAGCAGCCGAGAGCAGGGAGCCAGCGCAGACCUGGUCCAAUAAACGUCCUUCUGCACCACAG